ACACAUUCUUUUCUCAGUUUUCUGUGGUGGUGAUGAUGUUUAGGUGAAUACUGAAAAUGUCACAUGUCAUGGAGGAACCAGUAGAUGAACCAAUCACGUUCUAGCUACGUAGUUUGAAUAUUCAAAAUUAAACUUCUUGUUUGCUUCGACUUUAGUGAAUUUGAAUUAAAAUUUUACUUUAUAUAUUCUAUGUUGUUUGUUAUUGGAGUUUAAACGUAAAUAUUUAUUAGCUUCCGAAAUGGCUACUGCUCGCAUCAAUCCAUCCCAUAUUGUAGCGAAAACCCAAAGAAAAACUGGACCUUCAGAUCGUGAAACACGGGCGUUUGUUGCCCUUCAACAUAGAAAAAUAUCUCGACAAAAUGGCCUUGUGAAGAAGCGCGGAGUCUUGUCGAAAGAAAUAUAUAACAACGAAAAUGAAGUUGCCAACUGUCAAAAUCAGCACGUUAAUAAAGGACAUACCGAUCCAAUCAAAAAUGCUUUGAAGAAAUGGCAAAAAAACAAACAACAAAUUGAAAUGAAAAGUAAACAGAGUAAAAAGCAGCCAUUUUGCUCAGCAUCCAGAGUGUCCUACAAACUUUCUGAGUAUUCUCACAGUCAUUUAAAUGGCAAUACAACGAACUCCAGUCAAACAAAAGCUAAGUUGAAAAACAUGGUCAACAAUAGCACAAACAUACCACCUCUUCAGGAAAAACAGUUGAAUAAGACUAAACUGUCAAAACCUUCAAGGGAUAUGAAAACAGGCAGUCGUUCAGUUAUCAAACGUACAGCGCCAUCCUCUACCAGCACAAUGGAAACAAGAUCAAUGUCAAAGAAAGCAAUUUCAUCCAACAACUUUCACUCUACUGUAUUCCCUUCUGUCAAAAGCAUCACCACCAAAUCCGUGCAUUCGUCCAUAAAUAGAAAUGAAGAUUGCUCGACCAAAUCGAAAAUUACUAAUAAAGAAAUGAAAAAAAAGAAUUGCCAAGUGAAGCAACCAAUCACUGCGAAUCGUAACGAUAAAACAGCCAAUCAGAGUCGAAUUCCUACUAAGCAGAAGCACCCAGUUCCUCAAAUUCCAAAGCAAUUCUCAUUUACGGUCCCUGCUAGUGUGCAAAGUUUUAGUUAUUGCGCUGAUAAAUUUCAAUUUACACAACUUUCUCCCGCCAGUGCUAGCAAAUUCUUCCCCACGGAAAAUGCCAGUAAUGAAGGUUUUAGCGAAAAAUUAAAGCAGACCAAGAAGUCGCUGACGAAAGAAACAAAAACAAAUGUUGAAAUGACAGACGUUUCUGGCGACGGAAAAAACGAAGAAAUUAGCACAAACUACUUUCGAGAUCUGGCAAACAGUGAAAUCAAUCGCUUGAAAAGCCACUGUUUAUCUUGGGAAUGUUUCGGUGAAAAAGAUAGUGGUACCCUGAAGAAGUUAAAGGAAAGAUAAGAACCGUGAUUGGUCAAGUACAACUGCUUGCGACUAAGAAAUUCAAACAAUUCAAUGGGCUGCUUGAUCUUAGCGAGGACCCUGAUGCCGAAAGGAAGACCCUUGUCUCCGAUUUGCAAGGAUUUUGGGACAUGAUGUAUAUUCAGGUGAAAGAUAUUGAUAAGAAGUUUUCAGAACUUGAGGAUCUAAAGAAAAAUAACUGGAUUGAGAAACAAGUCGAUAUCAAGAAGGUUGUGAAGAAGAGAUCAAGCGCGAAAAAGGCUGUCAGUGGUUCUAAAAUGUCCACUAACAAGACAGAUGAAAGCCGGAAUAAGUUUCGUGAAAUGAGAACACGAAUGAAAGCUAAAAUAGAUGCAGAAAGAAGGGAUGAAGAGAACGCUUUUAAAAUCAUUCUUACGCCGGUUAAAAAUAAAGCUGCAAUUGGUUCAAACGAACCUGAAACAAUUCUAACACCAGUCAGACGUUCAACCCGUAAACCUCGAAAUGAUAUCAAUGCUGCAGAUCCACUGAGAAAUCUUCCAGCAAAUGUCUCUGUUGACUUGUUUGGUUCAACAAGCAAAACUGGACAACGCAUCAUCAAAAACGAAUAUUUGACAAACUUUGAUGACAGUGUAUUUGGUGGUCUUUCAUCCCCUGUUCCACAUUCAGUUGAAGAAGAUCUCAUGAUUUUCUCGCCUAAAACGACUGGCAAUACAAACAUGAAAGCGGUGGAUGAAUCCAAUGCAAGUGUAUAUCUUUGAACACUCUUCACCCGAGUAAUGGGUUUUUUUCGUGGACUGUUUCGUUAGAACUGUAAAUACAUUAAUGUAAGAAGAAACAUUUUUGCAUAAUACCAAGAGCAUAAGAAAAGUUGCAGCCACUGCAAAGCAAGUAAAGCAUUAUACUUUAAUGAUUGAUUUAAACAGGGGUGCACAUGCACAAAAUUCCAAGUCCUUGGAAGUCAUUAUAUUUAUAGAGGUGGUUGAAACCUUCGUUAUAUCUUCUAAAUUGCUGUAUUAUUUGUAAAGGUUUCGAGGUUACAGUUUUUGUCGCUGGGCUAUAGUUAACUAUUCUAUUAUGCUUACGGUAUUGGACAUGUAUGUGCACGUAGUGUUGUUUAACAACAUGAAAUAUCAAUCAGAGAAAGAAA